AAAGACCCGCACCACCGCUCUCGCUCCCCGCAUCUUCCGAGCCUGCCUCUCUUCCCUACCGCACAUUUCCUUCCGAACACCUCCUGGUAGCGCCCUACCACCCUUAGACCAACAUGUCGCAGAGAGUACAGCAAGGCGGCCGUCCUGGCGGAUCCAGGUUCGCACAGUUCAAGCUGGUGCUGCUCGGUGAAUCUGCUGUUGGAAAGUCGUCGCUGGUUUUGCGAUUCGUGAAGGACCAAUUCGACGACUACAGAGAAUCGACCAUCGGCGCCGCCUUUCUUACCCAGACCAUCGCCCUCGACGAAAACACAACAGUCAAGUUUGAGAUCUGGGAUACCGCCGGCCAGGAGCGCUACAAGUCGCUGGCCCCCAUGUACUACAGGAACGCAAAUUGCGCCGUCGUUGUUUAUGAUAUCACACAAGCUGCCUCGCUCGAUAAGGCAAAAGCAUGGGUCAAGGAGCUUCAGCGCCAGGCCAAUGAGAACAUCAUCAUCGCCCUCGCUGGCAACAAGCUUGACUUAGUCACCGAGUCGCCCGACAAGCGCGCCAUUACUACCGCCGACGCUGAGCAAUACGCACGCGAAGCCGGCCUCCUUUUCUUCGAGACAUCCGCCAAGACAAGCGAGAAUGUCCGCGAACUCUUCACCGCCAUCGCAAAGAAGCUACCGCUCGACCAGGCCGGCCCACGAAACUUGAGGCCCGGCCAGCAAAGACAGGGCGUCAACCUCAGGCCGGAGGCGAACCAGACACAGGGACCUGCAGGCUGCAACUGUUAGUGAGAGGGAUCACCUAUUUGCUUUGUAGGUAUAGCGC